CUUUCUCUCUCUACUUUUUAUCUUCUUCUUCUUCUCCGUCUUCUUCUUCACUGAUCACUGCAAAAAAAAAAAGAAAAAGAAAAAGAAAAAGUACUCCUCCGCCUCCGCCUCCUCCUCCUCCUGCUCCGCAGCCGUACGCAGGCGCGCACGCUCGACAGCGCAUUCCUCCUCCCCUCGUUCGCGGCGGCAGGCGGGGCAGGCAGGCAGGCAGACACUGCGCGUGCCAUGAGAAGAAGGCCGUGAUGGAAUGGGAGAAGCAGGAACAGCACCACCCCCACCACCACCACCACCCCCACCAUCACCCGCACCAGCAGCAGCAGCACCACCAGCAGCAGCAGCAGCCGCAGCAGCAGCAGCAAGCGAAGGAGGCUCAGCAGCAGCAGCAGCAGCAGGGGGGAGAGGGCAUGGGUAACGGGACGGCGGCCGGGAACGGGGGCGGAGUGCUGUACGUGAAGGUGAUGACGGACGAGCAGCUGGAGACCCUCCGGAAGCAGAUCGCCGUCUACGCCUCCAUCUGCGAGCAGCUCGUCGAGAUGCACAAGAACCUCACCGCUCAGCAGGAUCUCGCAGGUGUUAGGCUGGGAAAUUUGUAUUGUGACCCCUUGAUGACAACCGGUGGUCACAAAAUAACUGCCAGGCAGCGAUGGACUCCAACACCUUUACAACUUCAAAUUCUUGAGCGCAUCUUCAAUGAAGGAAAUGGUACCCCAAGCAAACAGAAAAUCAAAGAGAUUACUACCGAACUGAGUCAACAUGGACAAAUUUCAGAAACGAAUGUCUAUAACUGGUUCCAGAACCGGCGUGCACGAUCCAAAAGGAAAAUGCAGAAUGCAACCGGCAACAAUACUGAAUCUGAAGCUGAAGCAGAAGUUGAGUCCCCAAAGGAGAUGAAGACAAAACCGGAGAUCUUUCAAUCUCAGCAGAAUCCUGUAUCAAGGAACGAAGAUUUAUGCUUCCAAAGCCCUGAGAUUAGCUCAGAUCUUCAUUUUGCUGAUUCACAGACCAAAGUGGAGAGCAUGGUUUAUCCAGAUGGCAGUUUGAGAUCCAGGAAUAGGAACCUAGGCCAGCUAUCUUUCUAUGAUGCCAUGAUGUCAAAUUCAGGCGGUCUUGCAGGAAAUGAGCAUCUGGGUGGGAAGAUGGAGGUACCAGGAGCCUAUGGUCUGUAUCAUUCUGCGGAAGACUUCGGCAUGAGUGGAUGAUGCUGAUUGGUGCCAUGGAUCUGCCCCCCCCUUUUCUUCCAUAUAGCAUAACUUGCCUGCCAUGCUAAUGCUGAUGCUGAUGUUUAGCUUUUGCCGCUUGCGGCGUCAUAGCUUGGUCGGAGCCUAAUCUUGCAGAGUUGGAUGUUCGGUUUGCUUUUUGUGAAGGAACUGAUUUUACUGAGGAUCAUACGCUAGUUUGACUAGUUUGUUUGGAUUUUGAUGGACUAGUGUCGCACAAAUUUGUUUACGGGAGCGGGAUGAGCGCUGUAUAUUCUAUUCAAAUCACUCUGGCUCUUGCAAUUUCAGAAUGCGGGCAUUUAGAUAGACCGUGGAGUUAGGCCCGUUUUUUCCUUCUGUCCUAGUGUCUUACCUACUGUUGGAGAAGAAUCUGGGAAACUUUGUGUUUGAUCUAGUUAUGUAUAUGCAUGAUUUCGUGCACCUGUUCAAUCAGUUGUCUUGGCCGUGCAGAA